AUGGAGCUCAACCUGGACACCAAACGCACGCCAACGCCGGUACACGAGGACCUGGAAGCUCGUCUGAACCAGUGGAUCAAGAUUGCGCGACAGCGAUUUGAGAAAACCAAGCUCGGGUUGAGCGGUUUCAUGAUACAGACCCAGGCCACGAGGUUCGCGUCCGACAUGAACGUGACCGACUUCACGGCGAGCAAAGGCUGGCUACAUCGCUUCCUUGGUCGCUACGGCUGCGCGCACAUCAACCUGCACGGGGAAGCUGGUGACGUGGACAAGUCUACGGACAUGGGGGUCCUGUUUGCCCUCAAGUGCCAGUACAAGACGGAGAUGGUGAUGAGGCUGGCGGCCCUCAUCGAGGACUGGGACACAGCGCGUGCGCGCAAAAUCCGAAGGGGCUGCCGGGGCCUGAGCGACGCAGGCCAGGCAACAAUGCUGGAUGUGACGGAGAUCCUUUCGCAGAAGUGGGAGAGCUUCUCGGACCAGACUGUCGUCAGGUAA